AUGAAGAUUGUUGUUACAGCUAUAUCCCAUCAACAAGGCGGGCUUACUGAAGCCAAGGCCAGCGAAUUGGCUAAGCUAAUCGGUGACGUAAACGGCACGAAAUGGCUCUGUGAGGGCAAGGCAUGCGACUUGUACGUUGUAGCAGACGAUAUUGCCGUGUUGAAACAGAAGGUAGCAGCACAGGUUGAGCCCCAAUUCCCAGGAAUAGACCUCAUUGUGCAAGCCGAUAACGAGUUUCGGAAACAAAAAGGCCUAUUUGUGUUCGACAUGGACUCCACGUUGAUCUACCAGGAGGUGAUUGAGAUGAUCGCAGCGUAUGCUAACGUGGAAGCCGAGGUCAAGAAGAUCACUGACCGCGCGAUGAACAACGAGCUAGACUUCUCACAAUCGUUGUGCGAGCGCGUGAAGCUGUUGAAGGGCAUCGAGACGGAACACUUGUACGAAGAGAUCAAGCCACGGUUACAGGUGACCAAAGGCGUUCCGGAGCUAUCGCGUGCGUUGAAAAGAGCCGGAUGCAAGCUAGCCGUGUUGAGCGGUGGGUUCAUUCCGUUUGCCAAGUACAUACAGGAGAAGUUGGACUUCGACUAUGCGUUGGCCAACACUUUGGGCGUGGAACAGGGCCCCACAGGGAAGACGCAAUUGAACGGCACGACUUUGGGAGACAUUGUGGACGGCCAGCGCAAGGCUGACACUCUAGUCAGUUUGGCACAGGAGUACGGCGUGCCCAUUGAGGCCACUGUGAUGGUGGGCGACGGUGGUAACGAUUUGAAAGCGAUGGAGGCAGCCGGGUUCGGGAUUGCCUGGAACGCGAAGCCCAAGGUCCAGGAGCAAGCCCCAUGCAAGCUCAACAGCGACACCAUGGUCGACGUGCUCUACAUCCUGGGCUACACCCACCAAGAGAUAGAACAGCUGGUGAAGCUGUAG